AUGUAUCUAUCUCAGUAUAUUCAUAUCUAUCUAUCUAUCUAUCUAUCUAUCUAUCUAUCUAUCUAUCUAUCUAUCUAUCUCAGUCAAUUUUUAUAUAUUUAUCGCAGCAUGUUCAUAUCUAUCUAUCUAUCUAUCUAUCUAUCUAUCUAUCUAUCUAUCUAUCUAUCUAUCUAUCUCACACUUUGCAUAUCUAUCUAUCUAUCUAUCUAUCAAUCUAUCUCAGUCUAUUUUAUAUAUCUAUCUCAGUAUGUUCAUAUCUAUCUAUCUAUCUAUCUAUCUAUCUAUCUAUCUAUCUAUCUAUCUAUCUAUUUCAGUCUAUUUCAUAUAUCUAUCUCAGUAUAUUCAUAUCUAUCUCAGUAUGUUCAUAUCUAUCUAUCUAUCUAUCUAUCUCAGUCUAUUUUAUCUAUCUCAGUAUGUUCAUAUCUAUCUAUCUAUCUAUCUAUCUAUCUAUCUAUCUAUCUAUCUAUCUAUCUAUCUAUCUAUCUCAGUCUAUUUUAUAUAUCUAUCUCAGUAUGUUCAUAUCUAUCUAUCGAUCUAUCUAUCUCAGUUUAUUUUAUAUAUCUAUCUCAGUAUGUUCAUAUCUAUCUAUCUAUCUAUCUAUCUAUCUAUCUAUCUAUCUAUCUAAUGCGACCACUUGUCUGGGUUAUGGCCUUCUUUCUUUCUUUCUUUCUUUCUUUCUUUCUUUCUUUCUUUCUUUCUUUCUUAUUCCCUAAUCCUGACCUUUCUGUUAUUUUACCCCCUUUUUAUUUUCUUUUUUUUCUUUCUGUACCAAUCCAGUUCUUUCUGUUAUUAUAUCCGCUUUUUAUUUCUCUAUUUCCUUUCUUUCUUUCUUUCUUUCUUUCUUUCUUUCUUUCUUUCUACUUAUUCCCUACUUCUGACCUUUUCAUUAUUAAACCCUCUUUUGAUUUUCCUUUCUUUCUUAUUCUUUCUGUACCAAUCCAAUUCCUUCUUUCUCUAGUUGUUCGAUGUCUUUCUUUCUUUCUUUCUUUCUUUCUUUCUUUCUUUCUUUCUUUCUUUCUUUCUCUCUCGGAUGACCAAUAUUGUUUCUAA